AAUCCAAGAAUCAAUCAACCUAAAACGUUUAACCCAACUGACUCCCAAAACAUAUCAAUUCAUCUUCAAUUCGAUCCCCAAAGAUUUCCAUAAACUAAUAUAUAAUACAUCAGUUUUAAUGGAUUCGAACAUAUUUUGGAAUUUGUGGAAUGGGAUUUUAUUGAAAUUUGAAAUGAUCAUUAAGCUUUUGGAAAACCAAGUUGAAGAAUCGAUUCAAUUAAAAUCAAACAAUCAAGAAAGUUUAAUAAGAAAUCCUAUAGAAGCUAAGAGUGAACUUGAUCAAGAAGAUUAUCAAAUUAAUCAAGAAGAGAUGUCUGAGUUCAUGAACUCUAACAUAACAAUCUUAUCGAAAUUCAAUCCGACUUUUUUCCAUCACCAAACCAUAAACUUGACCUCUAAUGAAAUCCAAUCAUUAGUUAAUCAACUCUUGAGUUUGAUAUGUAAGGUGUUUUCAAGUUUGUGUGAAAGGUAUGGAUUGGUUGUACAAGAUUUGAUUAGAGACUUGGAAGGGAUUCCAUGGAUUUUAAGGUUAAAUGAAUUUAAUCCUGAUUAUCCUUAUUUAAGUGAACAUUCACUUUUUUGUAUACGUAAUCUUUUAGUUCAAAAUGUCAAAAAUCAAACUUUUAUUCAAUCAUUAAAAGAAUCCAAAUCGAAAUCAAAAUGAAUUUAAUUUUUGUUUAGGUUUCAUUUGUUUAAAUAGAAAUAUGAAAAGCAAAACAAAAUAAAGAAAAUCCUAAUUG